AUGUCGAAUUUUGAAGAUUAUCUCCUAAAGUCAAUGUUUCUAUACCAAGUUUCUCUCCACAUCAAAUCAACAGAGAGAAGCUCCAUCAAAUUUUGUUCUCUGUCAGCAUUAUCCAUUACAACAGAACAUGGCUACAUAAUGAAGACACCAGAAGCUGUAUCCUGUCCUCCAGUCAAACCACUGCUUGAUAAACCAGAGCUUAUCACCACCAUAGACACUGGGUAUGAAAAUCUAAAGAGUAUUACCUGUCUCAUUGAUGAAGAAUUCUGGACAUGUGGGUCUCACAAAAUCAUGAAACUCUUCAACCUCCAAGGCAAACUACUGAAGUCAAUCCAAACCAAGUCAGGGAACACACCAUGUGACAUAGCAGUGACAAGGAGUGGAGUUCUAGUUUAUACUAACCCUGUUACAAGAACUGUAAACAUAGUGAACAAUGACCAGAUACAGAAAGUGAUCAGACUACAGGGGGGGAUACCUUGUGACAUGAAAUACAUCACAGAGAACAGGAUCCUGGAUAUCUGUGUAGCUGACUGGGAAGCCAAUGCAGUAGUGGUGGUUAAUCAUGCAGGAAAACUCCAAUUUAGAUACACUGGUCAUCCCUCUACUACCUGGCGAUCAUUCUAUCCAUAUGGCAUCACAACAGACAGUCAGAGUCAGAUCCUGACAUCAGACUAUGACAACGACUGUAUCCACAUCCUAGAUCAGGACGGACAGUUCCUCUGUAACAUUGUUAACUGUUAUCUAGCCUAUCCAUGGGGUUUAUGUGUAGACACCAGAGACAACCUCUUUGUGGCAGAGUGGUACAGUGGUAAA